UUGAUCAUGUGGUUCCUGAGCCUGAGUCCAGCCUGUCUGAGGCCUAUGAGAAGUGGCGUGAGUGGGCUGAUGGGAAGAGCUGCUGUGACUAUGCCUUGCAUGUAGACAUCACCCAUUGGAAUGACAGCGUCAAGCAAGAAGUACAGAGCCUCCUCAAGGACAAAGGGGUUAACUCCUUCAUGGUUUACAUGGCCUAUAAGGAUUUGUAUCAGGUGUCCAACACAGAGCUCUAUGAGAUCUUCACCUGCCUGGGUGAACUGGGGGCCAUUGCGCAGGUGCACGCUGAGAAUGGGGAUAUCAUUGCCCAGGAGCAAACCCGGAUGUUGGAAAUGGGAAUAACUGGCCCAGAAGGCCAUGUUCUGAGCAGACCAGAGGAGCUGGAAGCUGAGGCUGUGUUCCGAGCCAUCACCAUCGCCAGCCAAACCAACUGCCCUCUCUAUGUCACAAAGGUCAUGAGCAAGAGUGCAGCUGAUCUCAUCUCACAAGCCAGGAAAAAAGGAAACGUGGUCUUUGGCGAGCCCAUCACCGCCAGCCUGGGAAUAGAUGGAACCCAUUACUGGAGCAAGAACUGGGCGAAGGCGGCUGCAUUUGUGACAUCCCCGCCUCUGAGCCCUGACCCAACCACUCCUGACUACAUCAACUCCUUGCUGGCCAGUGGGGAUCUGCAGCUCUCUGGAAGUGCCCACUGCACCUUCAGCACUGCCCAGAAAGCCAUCGGAAAGGACAACUUUACAGCCAUCCCUGAGGGUACCAAUGGGGUAGAGGAGCGAAUGUCUGUCAUCUGGGACAAGGCUGUGGCCACAGGAAAAAUGGAUGAAAACCAGUUUGUGGCUGUGACAAGCACAAAUGCUGCCAAGAUCUUUAACCUGUAUCCCCGCAAAGGCAGAAUAUCUGUGGGUUCUGACAGUGACCUGGUCAUCUGGGAUCCAGAUGCCGUGAAGAUCGUUUCUGCCAAGAGCCACCAAUCGGCUGCAGAGUAUAACAUUUUUGAAGGGAUGGAGCUGCGAGGGGCGCCUCUGGUGGUCAUCUGCCAGGGCAAGAUCAUGCUGGAAGACGGCAACCUGCAUGUGACCCAGGGGGCUGGCCGCUUCAUCCCCUGCAGCCCGUUCUCCGACUAUGUCUAUAAGCGUAUUAAAGCCAGGAGGAAGAUGGCAGACCUGCAUGCAGUCCCAAGGGGCAUGUAUGAUGGACCCGUGUUUGACCUGACCACCACCCCCAAAGGGGGCACCCCCGCAGGCUCUACCCGGGGCUCUCCCACUCGGCCGAACCCACCAGUGAGGAAUCUCCAUCAGUCAGGAUUUAGCCUGUCAGGCACCCAAGUGGAUGAAGGUGUCCGCUCAGCAAGCAAGCGCAUCGUGGCACCCCCAGGAGGCCGUUCUAAUAUCACAUCCCUGAGUUAAGCAACCCUCCCCAAAGAGGGGGCAGAAGCAAGAAGAGAUUGUUUUGAAGCCAAAAUGGUACACCGAUAUUUAAGAAAGAAAGCAAAUCCAAAAUGUUGCGAUCUAAAGAAUCAAUAAGCCUCAAGCCUUAUGUUUCUCCAUGUUACGCUUGCUUGCCUAGCUUUACAAAUAUUGCUUUGUUUUCUGUUUAUGCAUAGCCUUGAUUUGUUUGACCCUCUCCCCCACUUACAUGCAUGCAAUCAGACAGGCCACUAAGGUAAAGAGUCUGCUGUAUUAUAGUGUUCAGAGCGUGUGUAGUGUUGCAUCUUAUGACAAGGGGACAGACAAAACUGGGAUGUCAGGGAAAUGAACAAAAGACACGCAGGUUAUUUGGGGUGAGUGGGUGGUAGGAGCCCAGAGAAAGGUAGAGAGGGUGCAGAGAGUCUGGGGCGGGAUGUGUAGGAGGGAGGUGGGUGGGCUGGGUGUGCAGAAGGGUGUAUUGUGUUGACAACAUACAUUAAUUUCCAUGAAAGUGCCCACUUGUAGGAGACAUUGCUUCAUCAUGGUCCUCUGGGGUUCUGCAGAGAAGGCAGACAGUCUUUGGGUUCUGGACUUUGUCAUGUCCCUUCCUGGUAGAUUUUGUUUCUUUGAACAUUUAUUAGAAUGCCAACAUCCAA